CUUCUCUGUCGAUUGGCAAUUCAAAACAAAACAACACCGCGUGUGUAGCCACAAUUUUUUGUUUAUUUUUAUUUUUUGUUAAAAAAAUUAACUUUUUGACUAAACUUUAAUAAAAUGUCCACAAAUGUGAAUAUAAAACUAGCCUUAGAUCGUGUUAAUAUGGAUCUAUUGGCCCAAAAUCAAACAAAUGCCCCGCGUUUGUACACGCCCGGCGAGGUGGUUACUGCCCAACAGGGUUUUAUGAAGGGUCAUGGUACUUAUGUGGAGGGUGAUGAUAUUAUAGCCUCGGUGGCUGGCGUUAUAGAGCAAGUCAACAAAUUGGUUUCCAUAAAACCCCUAAAAAGUCGUUAUGUGGGUGAAAUUGGUGAUGUGGUGGUGGCACGCAUAACUGAAGUGCAACAGAAAAGAUGGAAGGUGGACACAAAUUCCCGUUUGGAUUCUGUUCUACUGCUUUCCUCGGUCAAUUUACCGGGUGGUGAGCUGAGACGACGUGUGGCUGAGGAUGAACAGGCUAUGCGCAAGUAUCUACAAGAGGGUGAUCUUAUUUCCGCUGAAGUACAAAAUAUUUAUGAUGAGGGCACCCUAUCUCUAUACACCAGAUCUUUAAAAUAUGGCAAACUUUCCCAGGGUGUUUUAGUUAAAGUCUUUCCCUCUUUGGUUAAAAGGCGUAAGACACAUUUCCAUAAUUUGUCCUGUGGUGCUAGCAUUAUUUUGGGUAAUAAUGGUUUUAUUUGGAUAUCGCCUCUGGUAAAUUUGGAACAAGAUGGUGGCGAUGGUGGUUUCUCACAAAAUCUUUCGGAGGUUAUACCUCGAGCCGAUCGUGAAGUUAUUUGCCGUUUAAGAAAUUGUAUUUUGGCCUUGGCGCAUUGUAAAAUGAUGUUAUAUGAUACGAGUAUUUUGUAUGCUUAUGAGGAGUCUAUGAAAUAUGAAGUCCACGAAUUGCUGCAGCAAGAGGCCAUUUUUGAUGUGGCCUUUUUGACGCAACAUCGUUUGAGAUUGCAGGAGGAGUGAUGUCAGUUGAUGAAUAAAUUAGUAAAUAAGCCUA